CAUCUAUGUUAUGUGUAUUAUACUUAAAUAUUAACCACUUACCUCUAAAUAAUAUAAUGUUGUACUUACACGUUUAAUAUUUGUAUUUACAUAAACUUGAAUCGAGAUUAUGCGGCUAUGGUAUUGUUUGAGAAUCAUCUGGUUGACACCACUACCGGAGCAUAAAUAAGUAACAAAGACGAAUUAAACGGCAUUCUCGUGAAGCAAAAAUAAUCCGGAAAACGUGUUCCGGUGUUUACGUGGAAAUCGCGACGGUGCAGCGAUAACGACAACGACGAUGAAAACGUUCUAUUAUCGUACAUCUGUGUGAGUCUUUAAAACCUUACUCGGAUGAACGCAAACGAUCAAUCGAAUUGGCCAACGAACCGUUUCGGACGCAUCGAACGGCAUUGGGAUGUUCGUACCAAUUCGUACGGCAUCAAUAACAAAUACACGCAGGUACGCUAAGUCACGACCUUGGGCGAAUUUUCACCGAGUCCGUGUCGAGGGCACUUCCGGUCUGGGCGUCGGAUAAAUAUCUGUUGAUCCGGAGGAUUUCAAUCAAGUCACUCUCAAGUCUCAAGUCACCACAAUGAUGUUCCAACGGAUCGCAGCUCUCCUGAUCGUCGGAUGUGGCGCGUCGACCGCGUUCGUCCAUUCCUCCAACCAGCAGUCUAGCCAUAAAUCGGAAUCUAGUUACAGCAGCAGUUCUUCACAUCAUGGUGGACAUUCAUACAGUUACGUCAGCCAAUCAGCUCAAGGCCCAGGUUAUAGUUAUAGUUACAGUCACUCGGGUGGCGGAUCACCAUUAUUCUUACCUGAAUACGCUUCUGGAUAUCAUUUAUACACCCCUCUAUUCAUUCCAUCAAUCGACUUUGAUAUAGAUUUUGAUUUGGAUGAUGAUCUAGACACCGAUUUAGAUUUCUAUAUUGAUACAGACUUGGACUUAGACAUAGAUUUAGAUUUCCCAGGAAUUGAAUACGGACUCGGUUACAUUGGAAAAUAUGGUCACUGGUAUAGAAAACCGAAAUACGGAUUUUCCAAGUUAUACAACAGUAUCGAUUUAGAUUUUUGGAAUUAUGGAGGAAAUUACGGAUACGAUCAUUUAGGACCUAGUCUUUAUGGGUCACUUAAUUUUUUCAAAUAAUUAAAAAUUGUAAAUUAGUUAUAGUCAAAAUAGUAAAUUCUACUAUUUAUUUAUUUUUAAUACAUAUUUAUUAUUUAUAAUUUAACUAUUAUGUUAAUAUGCCAUUAGGUAUAUUACUUGACCCUUUUAUAGUUUACAUAAUAGACAUCAUGACGAUUUGAAAUAACUUUAUUUGUAAACAAAACUUAAAAUAAAGUUGUAUUGUUCUAUAAUACUUUACCAUAUAUUAUAUCAGUAUUAAUCAUAUAUUUAUGGAACUAAUACUAUUUGUAUUAUUAUCCUACUAAUAAUUGUACAUCAUGCAAUAAAUAUAAUAUAUUAUUAUGUUUGAAAAUAAAUAUUGUUGUAAUUAAUUCCAUUACAAAAUGAAUAGGAACAUUAACAAUUGAAAUGCGGUCACGGGAGAUACCUAAAUCAUCUUGCAUAUUGAAAUUUUCGAUUGUGUACUGUAUUAAUAUAUAUUAAUGUAUAAAUAUGGAAAAUAGUACAAUGACUAUUACAUAUGUGUUAAAUUUUGAAAAUACGAGUGAUAUUACUACAUAAAUAGUUUAUGUAUAUUAUAUAUUAUUAUUUGCAAUAAUUUGUUUCAUUGCGUAUUACAGAGGUAAUACUACAUAAUAUGUGCAACUUUUUAACUAAGAACACCAUUUUAUUAUCAUUGUAAAUAUUAUUGAUGGGUCUGUGAGAUAAUAUAAGAAA